UUAACAGGUACCAAGACACACAAUUAUAUGGCAGAUAUCAACUUCACAUUUGUUACUGAGUUUAUCCUUCUAGGAUUGACAGAUCACAAUGAACUCAAGGUGUUUCUUUUCAUCUUGUUUCUCUUUAUCUAUGCCAUCUCCUUGGUAGGGAAUCUGGGAAUGUUCUUUCUGAUCCACAUAACUCCCAAACUCCACACACCCAUGUACCACUUCCUUCGCUCUCUGUCAUUCGUUGAUGCCUGUUAUUCAUCAGUAUUUGCACCCACAUUGUUAGUGAAUUUCUUUGUGGAAAGAGAGACCAUUUCUUUCUCUGCAUGCAUCCUGCAAUAUUUUUUGUUUGCAUCACUGCUUACCACAGAGGGAUUUUUACUGGCAGCAAUGGCUUAUGACCGUUAUGUGGCAAUUGUAAACCCUCUAACUUACACAGUGGCUAUGACAAAGCUAAUAUGUGUUCUGUUAGUGUUGUGUUCAUGCUUAGGAGGUACGAUCACCUCAUUGACACAUACUAUUGGCUUAAUGAAGCUGUCCUUCUGUGGACCAAAUAUUAUCAGUCACUUCUUCUGUGACCUUCCUCCCCUGUUGAAGCUGUCCUGUUCAGACACCUCCAUGAAUGAACUGCUGCUUUUGAUCUUCUCUGGAGUCAUUGCCAUGACCACACUCUUGAUUGUGAUGGUCUCCUACAUCUUCAUUGUUGUUGCUAUCCUGAGGAUCCGCUCAGCAGCAGGCAGACACAAAGCCUUCUCUACCUGUGCUUCCCACCUGACAGCUGUCACUUUGUUUUAUGGCUCCAUCAGCUUCAGUUACAUUCAACCAAGCUCCCAAUACUCCUUAGAACAAGAGAAGGUGGUGUCUGUAUUCUACACCCUGGUGAUUCCCAUGUUGAACCCACUGAUUUACAGUUUAAGGAACAAGGAAGUAAAGGAUGCUGUGAAAAGGGCAAUAGAGAUGAAACAUUUCCUGCAUUGA